AUGGAGUACCCGGCGACAUUUAAUGCAGGUUUAUUAGCGUACUGCAAGCGCGAGAACAUUUCCCCUCAAAUUUUCCGUGACUUGGCGGAGCUUCGCCCCAAGUUACCGCGUUACGUUCGAGUCAAUCCGCAGUAUCGCGAUAAAGUCCUUCGUACGGGUAUGGCGGAAGAGAUUGCGAAGCACGAGGAGGACGAUCUCCCGUGUUUUCCCGUGCCGGGAGUGCCUCCGCCUUCCGCGGAGUGGCUUCGUUUAGGGGUCGCCAAACUGCUAGGCUUGUCCGCAUCCGCGGUGGAGGCGGUGCGGUGGCUGCCCUGCGACGCCUUCGCGCUUCCUCGUGGGGAGUCGCUGCGGGGGAAACCGGCCUACCACGAAGGCCACCUCCUCGCGAUGGAUGCAGCCUCCAUGGCGGCGGUGGUCGCCCUGCGGCCACGCCUGGGCGAUCGCGUCUUGGAUCUCUGCUGCGCCCCGGGGAUGAAACUGCAGAUGAUCGCCGACGCGGUUGGCCCUGGCGGGGUCGCGGUGGGGGUCGAUUGCAACGUCGAUCGCCUGUACGUCGCGCGCGCCCUUCUCGAGCGGUAUGGGUACGGGGCAACCUCGGGCGACCGCUGCGUUGGGCUUUUUUGCGCGGAUGGGCGAACCAUCACGCCGGGAAAGCUACGGGAGUCUCUCGACGUGGGGCGCGGGAAACAAAAGGGGCCUGUCGACGACGCGAGCUGCCGGUUGACUCUCUUCGAGAGGCGACGCCUUCGGCAGUUUUCCAAGCGAUUUCGCGACGUCCUGAGAGGUGGCACGGAGGAGGAAAGCGAGGGGGUGGUGCCUGUGUUCGUUCCUCCUCGGGUGCGGCGAGUCCUCCGUGAGUUGUCUUCGUCGGACAAGGGAAUCUUUGAUCGCGUUUUGGUCGAUGCGGAGUGCUCGCACGAUGGUUCGAUCGCCCAUCUCGCGCUUGGCGACGAGGCGUCCUCGCCGGAUGCGGGUGGUGGCGGCCUGGGCAACGCGCAUCGCAUGCGUCGGAUGAAUCUUACGGAGGGGAAGCCUCUCGCAUCGCGUCUCUUGCUCGAGCGUAGCCUCCACUCUGAGGACGGCUUGUCAGCACCGGAUGGGUCGCGAACCACGGACAAUGCGACAGGUGGGAAUGAGGACUGCCUCGAUCCAUUACAGCAACUCCAACUAGAUAUUUUGCUCAACGGAUACGCCCAACUCAAGGUUGGGGGCACACUCGUUUAUUGUACCUGUUCCUUCACAUAUAAUCAAAACGAGUUCAUUAUUCUAAAGUUUCUUCACAUCGUAAACACACGUCACAAUGAAUUCGAUCAAGAAUCCAAACCGUAUGGAGAACAGGUGCCGCCAAAGAGCGUGAGACGUUCCAUAGCUGUAGUCGUGCCUGCGUUUAGCUAUGUCCAUGAGGAAAAACACUUUUGCAAUGAAGGGGCAGGGACUUGGCAAGAACAUGCAACGGAGGAAGAUAAACAUAUUCGUCUGGCACCAUUUAUGAAGUUCUGUGGUGGCGCCACAGCCUCAUGCUCGGGCUCCGUUUCUUUUAGUGACGUCAUUUGCGAGGUGGUAAAUGGGGGUGAUCCCGAACCAUUUCGCGAACUACAGAAGCGAUUAGAUGCAUGCAAUGACUCCUACAACCUAGUAUCGCAAUCUGCGGCAGCAGCAGAGCGAAUACUCGGCCCUCAUCCGACAAUACUACAAGAACCGUGUGAUUCUGUGAGCGAAGCAACAGCACUGGAGGAGUCUUCGUUGGAAAUGACUCACUCAAGUCUUUGUCUGGGCUCGCGAUUCUGGCCGCAUGAAUUCCGGACAAGCUUUCAGUUUGUUGUGAAAAUAUGGAAAAAACCACUGUAA